AUGAACGAAGGAGGGAAAGGUCAGAUGAAAAUGACGGAAGCUUGGAUUCGAGCAGUCGUUGAAGCCAUCCACUCUACCCCUUCUCAGGCCGUAAUUUAUCUCUCCGGCGGCGCGUCUCAGAGUCUCGGGUUGUUGAUGUCCUUCCCCGGAGCUACCUCUACAGUCCUUGAAGCUCUGGUGCCAUACUCGAGAGUCUCCAUGGUUGAUUUACUCGGAAAGAUUCCUGCAAGUUACUGUAGCCAGCAAACAGCGGAGGAGAUGGCUUUGUUGGCUUACAAUCGGGCUCUUAAGCUCUCUUCCCCUGGGAAUGCGAACUCGAGAGCAGGAAGAUACAGUUUCAAGUCGAUUCUUACUGAAGAUUCGCCAAAUGGUGAGAGGAAGAUCAUACUUCCUGGUUCUUUUAACCCUUUGCAUGAUGGUCACCUCAAGCUUCUGGAGCCCAAGUAUUACGAUGGAAGCUAUGAAAAGAUGCUUGAGAUCCUUGGAGCAUGCAAAGCAAGAGGCUGCACUUUUCUUGUGGGUGGUCGAAGCACCGAUGGUGUUUUCAAGCUUUCUUUGUUUACUACUAAGGUUCUUGGGGACUUGGAGAUCCCGGAGGAGUUGAAGGACAUGUUUGUGCCGAUACCAGCUGAGAUGUUCCGCAUGGAUAUUUCUUCCACCGAAAUAAGGAAGAGUCGAGGGAUGAUGUGA